UGUGUCGCACUGCGUUUAACUUUUGUAUAUAAGCUCUUACAUCUUCAGCUUUGAAGACACAAUCAAGCCAAACAAACACACAGAACAGCAUGAAAUUCCUCGUGAUCUUCGCUGUCGCACUUGCUUGCGCACACGCCGUGCACUUGCCAUACAUCGUCUCCAGUCCAAAUGAUUCCAGUGAGGAGGAGUAUCGCGUCAUUGUGCCGGUCAAGGGAGAAGCCGACGUGGAAUCGGUGAAAGUGAAAGUGCCACGUUUGCUCACUGCUGAUGUCAAGCAACAAAUUAUCAAACAAACUUUAACUGCACGCGGUUAUGGGUCAAUUUUGUCUCAAGCUACUGGUGCUCCGUUAUGAUGAGGUGAGCUCGGUCAUCUACAAGCAUCACUAAUACUCUAUAUCUUUCAAAUAAGUGGUGUACAGGUGUUGCCAGCUGUUGUGAGUGACCCAAACAAUCCAUCGUGUCUGCAGCACUUGUAGCGCCUGUCCUGUCUCUAAGUCCAAUUUAUUAUUCAAACAGAUCUUUUAAACCCUUUAUCCGUGUAGUUAUCAAAACUUCAACUUUUUAUGUAAAUAUUACGACAACUUUUCAAAUAAAGAUUUUUUAAUAAAAUAUUUUACUAAAA